CUUCGACUGACACUCCAGAUACUGCAGUUUUCUUCGGUGGGAAAAAUCGAAGAUAUGGAGUGUGCUUUUAAUCUUGUGUUCCUGUUUCUGCUUUCCCUUUGGAGUAUAGCAGACGCAAAACUCGAAUUGAUCUCAUCUGAUAAGACACCAUGUAGGAAAAGUUCAGUGAAUUACAAUGUGACCCUCAGUAAGGGUGCUAAGGCUGGAAAGUACUACAAGAUGAUAGGGAUUAAAGAGAUGGACCGAUGCGUCAAACACUGUUGUGGAUCGAAGAGAUGCGACGUUGCUUUUAUGGUGAACAAAAAUUGUUAUUUAGUCAAGUGUCACAAUUCCGACUCAUGUGACCUCAAGAAGUCUGAUAAUUCUAAAUUUGACACGAUGCUGUCAGUGGUGUCCAAAUCAAAAUUAAAGGAAGCUAAAGGAGAGGGCAAGGGAGAACCUGCCCUUGAAGAGAACCUUCAAGAAAAAGCUUCUGGGAUUGAAACCACGGAGCCUUUCAUCGUUGAGAAACCAGAUGACGACAUGACUACAGUAACAGCUUUUGGGACUGGUAAAACCAAACGAACUAAGCGUUCUUCUGACAUAAUCGACAUGGUGGUAGCAAUCGGUUGCGGGACAGUAAAAAAAACAGUAGGUGUGGCUGGCGUAAUUGUAAUGACAAGACGUUUAAUAGACAACAACAAAAAAAAAACCGUGACAAGCUGAGGGAGGAUCUGACAAUGCUGAAGGUCGAACUCAUUUACGAAAACGGUUCUUGAAGGAGUACACUAAUCAGAAUCCACAUCUAUUUUACUGCAAUGUCUGGUUAGCAGAAAAUCAAGCCAUGAGUGGACUCCAUUGGCAAAGCUGGCGUUACGAAGGGGCUAAAAAAAGAAAUGGAAAAUACAUAGUUUCUGACUUGCUAUCAAAUAACAUUUUUCGAUAAUUUUGCCGCAAAACAACUUUCGCUAAUGCUUAUUGGUUAGAGUGGGUUUAAGAGAGCUUAUUAGGAGUCUUUUAGGGACUCAAGCACGGAUGUUCUAGAAACACAGACGAUUACCUUAAGGCGCAAAAUGUAGUUUAUGUAUUUCUUCGACCUGAUGCAUUCAAUCCGAAAGGUAUUGUUUUAAGACUUCUUUUCAUGAUGGUACAAACGGUAAAGAGCAGUCACUUAUAAUCCGCAGUUCUUUUGCUCUCGAUUAACGAAAUUUGCGGGCCUCGAUAGUGUUCCUCGUAAAGAGACGUCAAUGAUAAAGUGGGGGAAAAAGGAAUUGUUUAUCACAAAACAGAUAUAUUUUUGUAAAAUGUAUUUGAAAAAAAUUGAUUUGCAUAAACUUCUCAAUAAGUUA